CUCUCUCUCUGAGUAUCUCUAACCAAAACAAUAAAAAAACAGUAUGCCAUUAAAUUCGUUGGAGUGAAAUUUGGUUUUAUUUUGAUUUAUUUCUUUCUGUUUAAAGCUACAAAUAUUAGAGUUGGCAUUCUUGCCAACUAAUACGUUUUUAAAAUAACACAACAUUAGUAGAUAUGGAGUGCAUAUGUCGACUUUGUGCAGAAAAGAUUGCCAAAGAAAUGUAUUCUAUUGAGGAUCCUGAUUUAAAAAUGAAAAUGGAUUAUGUUUUACGUUUUCCGGUUGAUUUGAAACAGGGAUAUUCAAGCAGUGUUUGUCAGUCAUGUUCGGACAUUAUAUGCAAGUUUUAUCAAUUUGCCGAAAAGGUCAGAUUAAACCAGGAAAAAAAUAUCAUAGAGCGCAGACUAUCGAUUGAGCAAGUAAAAGUGGAAUCUUUGGAAAAAUUUCCAACUGAUCUAGCGACAUCGGUCGAUUUGAAAACGAUAAAACUUGAAUCUGUAUUUGAUGACCAGCAAGAUAGUGGCAAUGGUGAAGAUAUUUUCAUUGAGUUUCAUGAUGACGAUAAUCAGCAAAAUGAAACAAAUAAAAGUGGAUCUUAUGAGCCACAGGAACAAAUGGGCAAACCUGAAGCAAAGAAAAACAAUAUCAAAUCCAAAGAGAAGCGAAAACGAGAAGAUGAACUGCUACAAGAUUUUUAUAAAUUCGUUUGCGAAAUUUGUGAUGAAACUGUUUCAGAUUUCACCCAAUUGAGGCAUCAUUUUAGAAAAAGUCAUAAUUUAAGUGGCUAUGUAAGAUGUUGCAAGCGAAAAUACUUUAAGCGGUGUUACUUGCUCGAGCAUAUAGAAAAGCACAUCAAUCCAGAAGCAAGUCAAUGUGAAAUAUGCAAGAAAAAUUAUGCUGAUAAAGAAUGUUUGCAAAUUCAUAAAAUUCAAGCUCAUGGCAAUAUAGAAGAUAGGCCUUUCAAGUGCGAGUUAUGCAAGAGUUCUUUUUCUCGUCGGAGUAUGUUGAAUAACCACUUGAGCACCCACGAAAAAGCCCAAUGUCCGCAGUGUGAUCGAAUAUUAGCGAGUAAAUCUAGUCUUUCGGUUCACCUGUUGAAUGUACACAGUGGGAAAAGACAUACUAAAAUUUGUGACUCUUGUGGUAAAGAAUUUCUUUCUAAAGGGGCAUAUGAACAUCAUUUAAAAAAACAUCAGGGCAUAGAUACUACUGAAAAAAAAGUGCAAUGCAAAAUUUGUCACAAAUGGCUUGCAGGAAAGGUUAUAUACAAGCGACAUAUGCGUUACAUACAUAAUGAAAAGGGUCAAUCAUUCAUUUGUGAUGUGUGUAAACAGGUAUAUCCUAAUUCGCGAGCACUAGCAAUUCAUAAAAAUUCAGUUCACGUGGAUGCAACUUUUGACUGUACAAUUUGUGACAAGAAGUUCAAGCGCUCACGUAGCUUGAAGGAACAUAUGGCUAAUCACACUGGUGAAAUGUUGUACAACUGUGCAGUCUGCGGAGUCGGAAUGAAUAACAACGGUAAUCUCUAUACUCAUAUGAAGAAAUGUCAUCCCAAUGAAUGGUUGUCGAGAAAAACUAAAACCAAUAAAAAUUGAAAGCUCGAGAAUCUCGGAGUAUUCACCGUC